ACGGUUGUAUUUUUGCGGUGAGUCAGUUGGCAAUACUUGCUCGCAAGAGAGAGUGGAAACAUCCAAAUCCGGCUUGAAGUUGCAUGUACUGGUAUGUAUGUACGGUAGUUUUGUUGAGCGAGUGACGUCCGGGAGAAAAAAAUGAUCUCGCACGCGUGUGUAAUAUGAAACGAAGAAAACUAGUCGACUUUUGAGAAUGCAACGUUUCUACUAACACGGUCGAUUUAUUAGCGAUAACAGCCCAAGGUGAAUAGAAUUCUCCUAACAAGACGGCAUGUUUGUAAGAGUCUGGUUGAGAAUUCUAACGGGGGAUGAAUGAGGAAGAAUUGUUGAAGCGGUCUGCUGUAGAGCGAGAUAGAAUAUUUAGCUGCUACGACCGUGGUAGAGAAAAUGGAGCAGAGAUCGAUCCUUGGGAAGAUCCUACUUUUGAAGUGUAUCAUACCACGGACAGAUAUGGAUUCAUACAUGACAAACGUUUGCCACAGAAACCAGAUCCUAACGAGAUCAAGACUCACCGGGUGGAAAUGGAAAGAUUGAAGAAAUGGGAGAAAAUGACCAAACAGUGGGACAGCUCUUCGACUAAGGAGAAAUUACGGCGCAGAGUAUACAAAGGCAUUCCUAAUAGAUUUCGUGGUCAAGUCUGGGCAUUGUUGUUGGGUAUUAAAAAUUUAAAGAGAGAACAAGCUGGCAAAUAUGAAGAGAUGUUACAACUUGCGCGCCAGUGGUCUACGGAAAUAAGACAGAUCGAUGCUGAUGUUGCUAGACAAUAUAGAGAUCAUAUCAAUUAUAGAGAAAGGUAUAGCAUAAAACAACGAUCUAUGUUUUAUGUAUUGGCUGCAUACAGCAUGUAUAAUAUGGAAGUGGGUUAUUGUCAAGGAAUGUCUGUAUUAGCUGGAUUACUUUUGUUAUAUAUGGAUGAAGAAGACGCAUUUUGGGGUCUUUCUGUGUUACUUGCUGAUAAGAAAUAUACAAUGCAUGGAUUUUAUGUUGAUGGAUUUCCAAAAUUAAACCGUUUUAUAGAACAUCAUGAUAAAAUUAUGAAUAAAUUCUUACCAAAGUUGAAAAGGAAACUCGAUAAGUGCGGUUGCGAUUCUAUUCUUUAUGCGCUAAAAUGGUUUUUUGUUGUGUUUCAAGAGAGGACACCUGUUAGCCUUGGUCUUCGAAUUUGGGAUAUAUUUUUAUUAGACGGAGAUCGUAUUUUACCUGCUAUGGCGUACACAGUCAUGAAAAUGCAUAAACGUUUUCUCAUGCCGAUGGAAAGUUUAGAUGAAUUUUGUAAUUAUUUACAAAUUAAAUUAGAAAAAGAUUUCUGUUUUGACGAUGAUACAGUAAUAAGUACUAUGGAACGUAGUAUGGAAGAAUUAAAACGUGCUAAGUUGGAUUAUCCUGGCCCUCCCUUGCCACACGAAUUGCCACGAUUUCCAUUUGGUACAUUUAAGGAACCUACUUUUGCAAGCAAGGUUGGAAGACGCAGCGAAGAAUUUAGCGAAGCACAACACGUAAUGCGAGAAUCUAUAACACAACGUAGAGACCUAGUACUCGCUGAUGAUGGUAGAGAAAGUACAACACCCGUUGAACAAACCAGUUGUGGUCUUGGCGGAAGCAAAUUCUCAUUUGAUCCAAGUCUUGAUGAUGGGGCCUCUCCCAAUGGCUCACGCCGAUCAUUGGCAGAUACAUCUGUUACCUCGACAGCUGACCUUUCUGUAUUUAGUUCGGCAACACGGUCUCAAGCGUUAGAUAAUAGUCUUGAUACUCAAAGUAACAUUUCUAAUGCCAGCUCUGGCAGUGGUGGUUUACCCACACCCAGGGCAACGCCUCAUCAACCAAGUCCAGAUAUUGUACGAAUUUAUGUACCAUAUACAUCGCCAAUGUCUGGCUCAUACAAAGAUGAUCUUCCACGUACACUUCCGCGGUCUUUAGAAACAAAUAGAAUCCGCAUACGAGUUGACCCUGAUCAGACACCGAUAGUGGAAAAUCUGAAACCUUUUUCAUUAGAGAGUCCAGAAGUCGAAUUAGACUUGAAAUAAUCAAUCUAUCGAUUUGAUUGUACUUCAUAACACAGUAAACGAUUGCAAUGAGCAAAUUGAACGAAGAUUUAGAUAAACAAAAAUUUUGACAUUUGCUUUAUCUAUAUCUACAUUGUAAGUAACAUACAUAGAGAGAUGAUAGUGAAAACAAAUGGUUAUUACAAUAGAAAUGUGAGAUAAAUAAUAAAUGUUAAAAUGUUGUGCAUAUACAUAUUCCUUUUUUUUCUUUUUUUUAUUUUUUUUAAGGCAAGCUAAAAGACUCGAAGUAAAUGUCUUUAUUCAGGUAGAAAUCUGUGUGCACUAAUUACGAUUAAUUGUAACCAUUCGUAUCGAACGAAACUUAUUGCACUGUUGCGAUGGCCUAAUUUACGUUUAUAGUCAAACACGAAUUAUUUAAAAAAUGUAUAAUAGAAAAUUAUUAUUUCCAGUAUAUAUAUAAUAUAUAUAUUAUUCCUAAUCGAAUGAUCAACGAUAUUUUAAAUAAUGAAAUUAUAUCUAUAUAACUUGUCGAAUAAUUCUAAAAAUAACUGCAUAAUACUUGUCAUACAUCAAGUUAUACUUUAAAGAAUAAUGAGAUGAUGGAACUUUAUGCAGAAUGAUAACGAAUUAUAUGCUAACGCUAUUUGUAACAGUAGAUAUUUGAAAAAAAAUGUCGAACUGUUGUAUGAAUAUUAGUACGAAUAUAAGAUAUUACGACAACAUAACGAAUAGGUACGUAAACUUUUAGCAUAAUGUGUAGGUAAUUUCUAAAAUAUGGUUUUAAAUUCUCCCUUCCCCCCUCCCUUUCUCUUCCUCUCCCUGACGAACAGGAUAUACAAGAUAGUUUGGAGUAUAAUAAAAAAUUGGCCAUUAUACAUAUGUAUAAAAGUAUGAGUCAAUUUUCCAUAGUAAAUGUAAUACUAAAAAAAAAAGAAAGAUAUUUUUGUUACUACGAACAUAUAAACUCCCUUGAAUAAUGAUUAUUAUAUUUUCAGUAUUUUGUACAUUUCUCUAACUAAAUUUCUAGAACUAUCGCAUACAUUAUGAAAAGAGUAUACAUAAAGUUCCAUACUCUAGAAAUAUUCAACGAGCAAAUAAUUUUGCAUUACAAGUAUCCUCUACAAUACGGAUAAAGAGAAAAUGUUUAUAUUAACGGAUAUUUACUCUUUUAGCAGCCACAAAUAGAAAUGAAUGAACAUUAAAAAGGAUGUUACUUUAGAAUUUUUUCCACGCAAAACGUAGUAUAUUAUUCGGCGAUAAAAUUGAAUAGCAAAAACUUGUUUUAUGUGUCAAAAUAUUUAAAAUUGUUUAGUAUAAAGAUCGACUAAUAUUGUCAGAUUGUUAAUAAAUUAGGAUUUUUAUAUUAUGAAUUAUUCUAAGAUAAUUAAAAUGUAUAGUUUAGAUUAUUGUUAAUUAAUUAUUUUGGGAACAAUUAUAAGUUGAUGAAAUAUAUAAUUUAUACGACUUCAACAAUAUCAUGAAAACAAUAAAAUUUUAAUUAAUAGAUUAUCAUAAGAUAAUGAUCAUAUCUUUUCAAAGGAAUUACAUUCUAUUAAUGAGUUAAGUACUAUACUGCCACAAUAAUGUUAGUAUUUUAUUUAUUUUAAGUUCCAUUCUUUUUUUUAUACCGAUCAAUAUGUAUUGUUGUAUAUACGUAGUAUUUAAAGAAGAAAAAGAGAGAAUCUUUUAUUACGCAAUAUUUAAGAUAGAUUCCUGAAUGGGAAAACUUGCAAGACAUUUGUGAAAACUCUCGCCAAGGAAUGUGAAUACUGAACAGUCCACUAAUAUAUUGCAUAUUUAUUAUGUUAAAUGUACAAAGACGUAUUUUAGAUUACGGUGAUUACAAUCGAGAAACAUGCUUCAUACUUAAUUGGUUUUUUAAAACAUUCCUGGACAAACAGUAUUCUUCGAUGUAUAUACAGUUUGAAACUUAUUAAUUAUACAAUGUAAACCUGAUAGCAAUCUUGAGAUAUUGUUAUAUCUAAUAGCAUAAGAUAAUAUUUGUUAAAUAAAUAUUAAAUGUUAAUGGUUCGAAUCUUUAUUACACUGUAAAAAAAAAAAGAUCAACCAAAUAAUGUACAGUUCUAUAGUGAUACCUGUGGUUGCAUGACAUUAAAUUUUCAGAAAAAUUAAAAUAAAAUAGAUCGAUUACCUUAUAUAUAAAUUAUUGAAAGACAUGGAAUUGUAUAGAUACAGAAAAGAGAUAUAGCGAUAAACUAAAAAAAAAAAUAAA